AAUACAAAUACACGUGAUCACGUGAAGUGAACAUAGAAUGCAAUCAAUAAAUAACAAAUGUAGACAUAAAAAGAAUUCUUCCGAGAUAAAAUUUACAGAAUCAUUUUUAGCAGUCGAAUAUGGUAGAAUUUUGUCCAUUUUGUCAUAAUCUUUUAUUUGUGGAAGAAAAUGUACAAAAGACAAUUGCAGUUUACCUGUAAUAUCUGCCCUGUCUUUUUUCCUUUAAACAAAUUCAUGUCUGUUCGGAAUUUUUAUAAACUUAAGGAAAUUGACGAUGUCUUAGGGGGCGAAGAAGCUUGGAAAAACGUGGACUCCACUGAAGAAACAUGUCCAAAAUGUUCCCAUAAACGAGCCUAUUUCAUGCAGUUACAGACUAGAUCAGCUGAUGAACCUAUGACUACGUUUUACCGCUGCUGCAAUCCUGAAUGCAAUCAUAAUUGGCGGGAUUGAUACUUUUGUUUAUUUUGUAAGGACUUUAUAGGUAAAUAUAUUUAAAUAAAGAAAUGAAUGAUUUUA